AUGCAUAUCGAAAUAGCACAAGCAGUUGAAUUCCUAGGCAGACUAUUACAGUCAAAAGUAGAUGAAGAUACGAUUCAAGUCUUUAAAGAGAAAUUAGUGGAACUCUUGAAACAGAGAUUUACAGACCAUUGGGAUUCACAGCAACCUUAUCGUGGUAACGGCUACAGAGCCAUUUCGAAUUUCAACGGCGAAUUGGAUCCUAUUAUCGUCAAAGCUUGUAAUAAAGCACAAUGUGCUACUAGUUUAAUUCAUUCAAAUCUUCCCCGUGACUUUGUAUUAUGGAUUGAUCCAUUUAGUGUAUCUUAUAGAGUAGGUGAUCAUGGAAAUAUCAUGACAUUAUAUGAAGAUCGUUCGCGUGGUAGAGUGUCGAUGAAGGUGGAUGCAUCCCCUCGUCUUCAAUAUUUACAACCUCAGUCCAUACCUGUACGUAUUUCACCACCCAAUAGUCCUGAAAACAAAAAAAUGACUAGCAAACCUCAUCUUCAUCAGCCAUCACCACUUGCAGUCAAUGCUAAAAAAGACGAGAAAAUAGUGAUGGCUAAUUGA